AUGCUACUAGUAAUGGUCGAAAUUAAAAACUGGAUAUGAUGCUGAAAUUACAGUAUCAGUUAUAGAGUAUCACACUGCUCACACUGACAUGAUAUGUACUAUGUACAUUAUCUUUGUUUAUAUGAAAGACGGUUAGAAACUUUUCUUUUGUUUUUUGUUUGUUUAGUUAUAAACAUGUGUAUAUAGUCCGAAAAUUUUAGACAACUUUUAGUAUAUCACUACAAGAUUUAAAUGAAAUCAAUUUAAUACAAAUUUUAUGACAAUUCUGCGUUUAGUAUAUUUAAACAGACUGUCUUAUAAAAUUAAAAAAAUAUACAGUGUUUGAUUGAUAAGCAGUGAUAAAAAUUGAAAUUUAAAUACGUUAUAAUUUCAUCGAAUUACAUUAAUAGUAUCUUUACAUCGUAUUAAAAAAAUAAAUAUGAAUAUAAGUAUGUAUUAUGACUUGAAGAAUUGGUCAAUAUUUAGUUUAUUAGAACCAAAAUUUAUAUCGAAUGUCCGUAUGGCUAUUGUAUAUGGUAAGGCAGCUAAUGAAACAUUACUUGUAACUAAGGAUGAUAUGGUGUAUGGUAUAGGAAACAAUACCUAUGGAUGCCUUGGAACAGGUGAUACUCAAAGCACUAUUUAUCCAAAGAAAAUUGAGGCAUUGUGUGGUAAAAGCAUAAAAACUUUUGCAUAUGGCAAAGGUCCACAUGUCUUGGCUCUUACUGAGGAAGGAAAGGUAUAUUCAUGGGGUUAUAAUGAUUAUUGCGAAUUAGGAAACAAAUCUACCAACGAAGGUCUAACACCAACACUUGUACCGUCAGUAUUGAAUGAUAAAUUUGUUGUUGAUAUAGCCUGUGGAGGACAUCAUUCUCUUGCACUAACGAAUAAAGGAGAGAUAUAUGCAUGGGGUCACAAUGUAUCUGGACAAGUAGGUUGUGGUACUAUCCUUAGUACAGUUCAACCUAUACCAAAAUUGCUGAAUGUUGGAUUAAAUGGCAAGAAAGUUGUUCACAUUAGUUGUGGAGACUCAUCCAGUGUAGCGGUUACGGAUAGUGGAGAAGUUUAUAGUUGGGGUCAUAAUGGUGUUGGUCAACUAGGACUUGGAAAUUGUACUAGUCAAGUAGAGCCUCAAAAAGUAGCCACAUUUGCAAAAAUAGUAAUAGAAAAAGUAGUUUGCGGUUACAUGCAUACUUUAGCAUUGAGUGAUGAAGGUGUUCUUUAUGUUUGGGGAGCUAACAGUUAUGGGCAACUAGGUCUUAAUACAGACUCAAAUGUUUGGAUACCAACAAAGCUGGAAGUACCCGAAAUGGGAAGAAUAUUAGACAUAGUAACUUCACAUUAUCAUCACAUAAGUCUGGCUAUGAGUGAAGGCAAUCGGAUAUUUAUGUGGGGUCAGUGUCUAGGUCAGAGUAUUAAAGUUCCAACACUCACUCCACUAAAAUGUUUGUAUGAUGCUCUUGCAUAUUAUGCGUUUCCACCUGUCAUGCAUCAGCCACUUAUUUUUCACAGUGAUGCAGAAGGAAAUAUAGCAGAUAGUCUAAAAAAUGCCUUUGAUGAUCCAACCACUAGCGAUCUUGUAAUUCAAGUACAUGGAAAACCUAUUCAUGUACACAAAGCUGUUUUGAAGAUACGCUGCCAUUACUUCAGAACAAUGUUUCAAGAGCAUUGGGUAGAAAAUAGUCAAAGUAUUAUAGAGCAUGAACAAUUUUCCUAUGACGUAUACAAAACUUUCUUGAAAUACUUAUAUACUAAUGAAGUUGAGUUAUCACAAGAAAAUGCAUUAGAACUUUUAGAUUUAGCUAAUGUCUAUUCUGAAAAUCAGUUAAAACGACAUUGUAUACAAAUGAUAAAUAAAAAGAUUACAGUUACAAAUGUCGCUUAUCUAUACAGCAUAUCUAUUCAAUACAAUGCUAAGGAAUUAGAAGAAUAUUGUUUUAAAUUUGCCUUAAAUCACAUGACUGCAGUAGUACAGACAGAGGAUUUUGCGAAAUUAGAUGAGAAUAUAAUGAAAACUUUCAUAGUUAAAGCUGCUCAAGCGGGUAUUUUUAAAACUUAGUUCGAAGUGUUUAUCACACAAAGGAAACAAUAUCAUAUAAAUAAUUCGUAUUGUUAUGCUUUAAGAUCAAGCAGAUAUUACUUCCAAAUAUUCAUAUUUCUUAGAGUUAAUAUUUUUAAUAAUAUGUAAAUUUUGUAUAAAUGUAUAGUUUCUUAAUUGCAGAACAUUUGUUCUGGAUUACUGCAUUUUUAGAAUCGUGACAGAUUAUUUAUGAUAAGCAUAAGAAUUUACUUUGUAUUUUAAGAUUUUAAUAAAAUUCACGAUAUGACAUC